AAAGUCGAUUGAGAUUCUCAUUGUUAGACAAGUUAAACAUUCAAAUUUAUAUAUAAAGGCAACUUUAAUUUAACCGUCAAUUUCACUUUUCCUCGAUUCUUCAACCGAUUGUUCAACUGAUUGUGAGACUUGGACUUUUCUUAUGGUUAGAUUACAUUGACGUCUAACCAGGGAAGGGAAAAGUUUUUUGGUUCGUCAUUUGGUGCCAAUUGUUCAUCACUAUUUAAUGAUUUCAAUCGCUAGUGUUGAUCAAUUUUGUCAAGUUUAUCAACGAAUAGAGAGUUGAGAAAAAGGAAGAAAAAUGUUUAAAUUGUUUGUUGGUUUAACAGUGUUGGUUGUUGCGGGUCAAUCGGCGCCUCAACCGAAGUGCACUCAAACGGAAGAUGAUUUCGACAAUUGUGCUGCUGAAUUGACUGUCUUUGGUAAUGAUGCCAUGAUCAUGCCAACAACUGAGGAUGAAAUGGAUCAACAUUGCAAUAAGAGUUUCAAGUCGAUUCAAUGUGUACGGGAUUAUUCAGCCAAUUGUAUGGUCAGUUUCCCCAAGACUGUUUUCGGUGUUUUUCAAUACGAUUUCAAGCGAGAUAUCAAGAAACGCUGUCACACCAAGGAAGGUCGAGUGGAGUUUAUGAAACACAUGCAAUGUGGUAAGGCAAAGGGUGGUUUCGGACCUCUGAAUACCUGCAUGAAGAACUAUGAUGCUCAAAUGGAAUGGAUUAUGCAAAAUGUGGCCAAAGAAGAGCGAGUGUUGACUGGAUGCUGUUCACUGCAUUGGGUUCAUAACUGUUUUGUUACUAAAGCAAAGGAACUAUGCGAAGCGGUAACUGGACCUGAGACUAGUGAUUACUUCGACAAAAUGGUUGGCUCAACUAUUGCUGAAGGCGUUGAUUAUACUUGCGGUAAACACAAAUCAUAUGAAGAUUGUGCAGCUCACUUGGACGGUAACAUUUGGAAGACUUUACUUGAAAUUGGUGAAGAUCCUUCAAAGAUAAACUUUGUUCCAAGGCAUAAAUCACCGAUAACAACGUCAAUUAAAAUGUUUACUGAACUUGAUCAAGGAUCAUAAAGAAGUGUGCAAAAUGUUGAAACAAAAAAACGCAAAAACACAAAGAAAGCAAAAAAGUAAAACAAUGAAAUUGAAACGAACGAAAACAGGAAUUAAUUUCUUGAUUAAAGCCUGAUCGAUGUUUAUAAUGGCAUUCAAUGGUUGAACAAACAAACCACAAAAAUGUCAAUCAAAGGAACCAACAAUUUUGCCUUCUUUUGUGUCAUUUCAAUCAAGACUCAAACCCAACGAUUAACUGUUAAUCCAAACCUUUUAUGUUCACCUUUUUAACUGUACAAUGUGGAACCUUAAAUCAUAUGAAUGAGAGUAAAAAUGCCCAAAGUUGUAUCAAUAUUUAUGCUUUAAUAAAUCAUUACUAACUUACUGUUCCUGAAACCUGAACUUCAUCAUGAAUACCCAUUGUCAUCAAACUAAACACAAUUAUCAACAGUUAUAAUCGUUGUGAUUGUUAUUAUUAGUUGGCCUCAUAAAAAGUUAGUAGUUGCAAUUGAAAGAUAAGAUUGAAAAGGCAAACUCGAGAAAAGCUCCAAAUUGUUGGCAAUUCAUUAACCUUGAAUCGCUAUCUGAUUCAUGAUGAUUCAACUGAUAAAAUUAAAUGUGAGCAAAAUUAAACUCUCAUAAACUGUGAAAGAAAAGGCAACAAAAAUUACUUCUAGUUGGUUGGUAACGAAGGAAACAAUAACAAGAAUUUUUCUCUUCUUCUUUUCCAUUUCGCUCAACAUCGAAUUAUGUCUCGAAGUUUACUCAGAAAACGUGCCAACGAGUCAAGUAAAAAAGAAAUCGAAAGUUGGUCUGAUGAACUUUCCCUGUUUACCGACAACAUUCGUGAAGUUACCGACAAGUUUGAUACAAUUGAUUCCGAGAUUUGGGGGAAAAUCGUUUACAUGGAGAAGAAUCGCCGUCUGGCCAAGGCUUAUGCUCGAAGUAGUCCAAACCAGUGCGAUUCCAUUGUUAGAAUAACAAAUUCAACGAUUGGCUUCGAUGGACUGACAAUUGGUUUGGCUGGCUUUCCCAAUCCAAACCGGGAUCAACUUACAAUUGAAGCUUUAUCACAUCUCGAUCAGGGAAUCGAUGUAAUCAUGGAAGAAUCGGGUAACAUUGUCGUCAACAAUCAAACUGAAUCUCGUAUAUUUAUUCGUGGUUUCAAUUUAUCUCAACCUGAUAAUAAACGAGCCGAUGGUUUGGGAACAAUUAGAUUGUUGCCUCAUCAAAGGGAAACCUUGUUUGAUAUCAAUUUGUUUCUUGAUCAAAUUGAGUCUCGAGUUUCAAAUCAAAUCAACUUGCAUUUCAACAGUAAUACCAGUCCAGUUGGUAUUGCUAUCAAUAACAAUACGUUGGACAGUGCCAAUAGUGAGUCAAAUAUUUAUCCAGUUCGUCGCCAGCUGGAAUUGGAGACAAUAAGUUUGAUCUGUUUUGGUCGGGAAACAUGGGAUCUACUGGAAACACCUUCAUAUCUGAUCAUAAUCAACAUCGUCGCUCUUGAUAUACUUAAGGCUAAAAUACCUCAAAAGUAUCAACGUAAAGUGAAGCGACGUCGAUCACCUUUAUCCUUCUUAACCCACCUGACUGGAAGCCUCUCUGGUAGUACACCUUCAAUCAACCUGACUCGAUCCCCUUCGCCGGUCAAAGAUUCAGAUAGUUCAUCAUCUGAAAUAUCAGUGGCAACAACUGAAGCCAGUUAUCGUUCAUUAUCAAGUGUAUUCCUUCAUCCAACUCACAGUUAUCGAUCAUCAGUAUCUCUAUCCAAUUCAACAAAUAACCUUCACUUAUCUUCGGAAUAUUAUCCAUCAUCAUCAUCAUCUUCAUCAUCAACAACAGCAAAAGCAGCUAAAAAUAUAAACAAAUUGGUUGGAAUCAAUCAAUUACAAGAAAAUAAUCGAAGCCAUUCAUGGUCAACCUUAACAACAUCCAAUCAUAAUACUAAUCUUGGCUCAAUAAAAUUACCAAAGCCAGAUUAUGAUCAACAAAACAAACAUCAUCAUGAUCAUCAUGCUCAUCACUCUCACCAUUCCAAGCGUAAUUACACAGUCGAUAAAUACACUUCACUAAGACGAGAAUCGACUGCAAACCCAACCGAAUACGGUUACAGUCAAACAUUGCCCAGUCGAACCGGGUCAAAAUCAAAGUCAUACAUUGAUCUAUCAACAGAAGGGCAUUCCUGGAGUCAACUUGCACCACAAAAUCAAUCAAGAUCACAUUCAUCGUCAAUCUCAUCUCAACUGGAAAAGAUCAAAAUUUGCCGUUAAAUGUUGACCAAAAAAGUGACCUCAAAGAUUUGAGGCAAACAAUUUCCAAAGUGAAUGACAAAAAAUGUAAAAUUACAGUUAAACAUUUGCAAUUGUUAAUGUAGCAUUAAACGGUUGUAAAGGUAAACCUUUGUGAAAAUAAAUGGCAUGAAACUUCAAGGUUUCUUGUUUUACAUAUUA